GGAAGGAGUGGCCAGAGCUCAACAACUGUUGGCAGUGAGCGUGUGAGUGUGUGUGUUCUCGUGUUUGAACGUGCCUGGUAACGGAGUAUGAGCUUAGGGGCAGCGUGGAUGCAUGUGAUUUCGUGCAUGUGUGGGUGUGUAAGCUGUGAGACGCUCUGAGGUCUGAGGAGGUGAGCUGCAGAGUGUGCAUGUGUGUGCGGGUGUGUGUUUGGCGGAUUUUGAUCUUUUUGGUCUCACCUGUUGGAGCGAGAGACAGAAGAGCACUGGAUGUCCACGGACGAUGGAAGGAUGAGAGAGGGAGGGAGAGAACACUCCAUCCUGACACCUAGGAAGCUGAGGAUUGCCUAGUGUUGCUCUGAUUGACAGCUGAACGUGUAAUGACCUCCUGAUGGCUGUGAAGUCUCGUCCUCCGGAUUGGAGCUUGUGAUCUCUUGAGCACAGGCUUUAAGGCCCACUAUAUGAUGUCAUCAAAAAGACACUGCAGCAAGCACCUGGAAUCCGUCUGUAUUGCGUCUGUGGGAGUCAGCAUUUGAAAUAAGAGCGGUGAUGAGAGUGUCACUGCACAGCCCUGCCUGUUGUACCCCAUUGACUCUGAAAUGGACAGCAGCGCGGGGUCCGAGUCGUAUGACGUUCGCCAUGACAAUAAAGAAGAAGGCCUCUGCAGACUCUUUUUACCUGGAAACAGUUCGUGUCAGCUCGUCUCGUCGGCGGCGGCAUCCGUCAUUUCAGCCGAAGAGCAGUUUGAAGACUACGGAGAAGGAGAAGAUGUGGAGUUUAUUCCUAGUAGCCCUUGUGCUGAUGAUGAUACACGGACUAACAGAUUUUCAGACCUGGGCUCCUCACUUCCUUCCAGUGCCGGUCAUACCCCUCAGAAAAUCCGACACUUUUACAACAGUGAGCUGCUGGAUGUUUACUGCUCACAAUGCUGUAAGAAAGUGAACUUGCUCAAUGACCUUGAGGCUCGACUCAAAAACCUGAAAGCCAAUAGUCCAAACAGGAAGAUUUCCAGCACAGCUUUUGGAAGGCAGCUUUUCCAUCACAGUAAUUUCAGCAGCAGUCAUGGCAGCACCGAGGAUUUAUUCCACGAUAGUAUCGACUCCUGUGACAUUGACAUUACUGAGAAGGUGAGUUACCUGGAGAAGAAGGUGUCAGAGCUGGAGAAUGACAGCCUGGCAAACGGAGACCUGAAAUCCAAACUGAAACAGGACAACACACAGCUGGUUCACAGAGUACAUGAGCUGGAGGAGCAGAUUAAGGACCAAGAGACUCGGGCAGAGCAAAGUUUGGAGGAGGAGCUGAAGAGACACCGAGAGGUUUACAGCAAGAUGGAGAAAGACAAGAGCAACCAAAUAGAGCUGCUUUCUAACAGAGUACAGCAGCUAGAGGAGGAGAACUCUGAGAUGAAGGUGAACGUUUGCAGAUUAAAGUCUCAGACUGAGAAACUGGACCAGGAGAAACAGCGCAUGACUGAUAAACUGGAAGACACGAGCCUGCGUCUAAAGGACGAGAUGGAUCUGUAUAAGAAGAUGAUGGACAAACUGUGGCAGAACAGACACGAAUUUCAGAAAGAAAGAGAGGCCAUGCAGGAACUGAUAGAGGACCUCCGUCGGGAGCUGGAGCAUCUGCAGAUGUUUAAGUUAGAAACGGAGAAACCCGGCCGUGGUAGAAACUCCCUGUCUGAAUUCAGUUCUCGAACACGCGAGAUCGAGCUUGAGCAUGAAGUCAAACGCCUGCGACAGGAAAACCAUAAACUGCGGGACCAGAACGAUGACCUGAAUGGACAGAUUCUCAGCCUGAGUCUGUAUGAGGCAAAAAACCUCUUUGCUUGCCACACUAAAGCGCAGAGUCUCGCCACUGAGAUUGACAAUGCGUCCAGAGAUGAGUUGGUCGAGGCUCUGAAAGAGCAAGAGGAAAUCAACUUCCGUCUUCGGCAGUACAUGGAUAAGAUCAUCCUUGCUAUACUGGACCACAAUCCCUCCAUCCUGGAAAUCAAGCAUUAGACGCAUCCUGAUGAAGUGGCGGUUGGAGCCACUUUGUGGCUGGGGGAAGACACUUGACUAUUCCACUCCACAUCUGGAUCAGGAGCUAAAAAAAAAACCUGAUACAUCUAGAAUAUAAUGUAAAAUAUAUUCUUCAAUAUACAUUCAGUUUUGUGUACACACACUUAACUCUUUCGAUUACAGUGUACACACGCUUCACUGUUUUGAUUGCAGUGUACAACCACUUCACUGUUUUGAUUGUGUCUCUUAUCUCACGCAAUGUAGUUUUUCACUAAAGUCAGUCCAGGAUGGUUUCUUUUUAUUGGCUAAAAGCAGCAAGGACUAAAAAACAUUAGACUAAAAGCACUUUGGCUAAUUUACCUUCCACUUUGCAUGAAACUAAACAUCUGGUUAGUUCAUGUCUCUGAUCAGACAGAACGCAACGAACCAAUAUUACACACCGUUCUCUUAAUCGUCCGUCAAUCUGCAACGAGUAGCACCUUCUUCUUACUGAAAUAUGAGUUUUAUUACCUCAGCAUGCAAAAGUCUCAAUAAAUAAACUUAAUGCACCUCAAGACCACCACUCUGAAAUAUGUCACGUUAAAAAAGAAAUAUGAUUGAGAAUUAAGAUCAGUUGUAACAUGUAUAGAAUGAAUCUCGCUCCUAAUAAUAAAAAAUAUAUUAAAAUGGUUCAAUGAAGCAGCACAUCAGUGUGCUAGAGGACCGUCCUGAGCCAUAAUCAGUUAUUAGACCUUACUAUUAUUACAUUAGACAGGGUUCUUUGGCGCCUUAGGUUUUUUACCGCUGAUAUAACUGCCCAUGCCACUGGGUGUGUGUGUGUGUGUAGAAUGGACGCUUUGGGGAAAUACGAUUUCCUUUCUGUGGCAAUAAGCAAAUGCUUCACCGUUGCCCUUCAGCUGGAAUCCCUGAACACAUCAUGUAUACUAGCAAGAAUAUAAAAUAACCACAAUACAAUACGUUAAAGUGAAAUUAAAAUAAACUUGAAUGAAAUGACAUUUUGUCUCCAACACAGCAAUCUUGGACAUUAUUAUUAUUAUUGCUUUAUAUUAUUGUUGUUGUUUUAAUAAUAAUGUUAAUAACAACAACAAUAAUUUGCAUUGCACAUUUCCAAUGUGACUAAAAAACAAAUUCCUAAAAUAAAAUAUAUCAUGGAAUAAAAGUGAUCGAAGCAAACCGAAGCACAUGCUAAGCGGCUAGGUGGAAAGAGCCGAUUGACAGAGCAAUAGCCGUGUAUGGAUAGUAUGUUAAACAUGUUAUCGCCUCGUUUUUAAACAUUGUUGGCAGUAUUGUCGGAACGUUAGCUCACUUGGCUGCUGUAGUAGACCCUCACGUCUCACAUACGCUACUUGUCUAGUCUUGUUAGUGUUAGCUGAGUGUAUGAUUUCUGUGACUAACUAUGAGUUCACUAACAUCCGAUUCAUCACUUCAUGUUGCCUUGGUGUUCAAUGCCGUGUUUAUCGGAGACUUUUUACCUCUCCUUUCACUUUUUUUGGGCUGUUUUAUGUGUGUCAUGUUUCUGAAGCAUCAUAAAAUUAGCAACAGGGCACAUGCUCCUUUAAGAUUCCUUCGAUAUUGAUUAAAAAUUAUGCGACAGUGGCCUGUCAGGGGAGGUUAUAGGAAUUUUCUGAAUUGUAAAAGUUUUGUCGAGUUAUGCAUUUGCACAAAGCAGGAUUGUUUACAGCAUGUUGUGUCUCCAAGCAGAACCUGGAUACAUUCGUAAUUAUUUUGAGAGAAAAAUAUAGAAAUAAUACGACAAAUUAUUUUCGUACAGAUGUGUAAAAGAUGUUCAACCCCUAAAACAGCAACCUUUCGUAUUUUUCUAAUCUCCUAAUCCAUUUUUCGAAAUAGGUCACGACUAAAUAGUCGCUAUUUCAUUAAGAAUAAUACUUAGAAAUGAAAUGUAGCCUUUAAGACAGAGACACUGAUGUAAAAGUACAUUAGGCUGUUUAAUCAGCAGUAAUUACACUUCAAUUACACUUCAUCAAUCAGAGGAAGCUGUGUGUCGAAGAGUAAAAUAAAGAGUAAUCGACCUUCCAGCAAUAAAAUGCUUCAUAUUUCAUUACAUGUGACUAGAAGAGCUGAUGGAUGGUUACGUCACUCUGCUUGUUUGUGCUUGCUACUUAGUGACUCGCUAGCUGUGUAAUUUAAAUUUGACUUCCCUUCACAUUUCCUGCUCUUUUUCUGUACAUUAUGAUGUGAAAGGUCCACAAGGACGUGUUCUAAAAAGUAGCUUCAAGUGGACUUAAUAGGCAUAAAUAGAUGUACUAUGAAGUUGCCAUGGUAUUUGAGGUAAAAAUGUGUGGCGUUUCCCACUUGACAACUAAUCAGUUUUCUUGUCGCUAAAAUGAAACAUUCUGUUAAGAUAAUCGGUUUGUGUAUAAACUUAAGCAGUGUAUAAACAUCUGCAUCAUAUCUACUCUUUUCACUACCAUUGGUAGUCAAUGCACAUUCCAAUUCGAUCCAUAUUUGUAUAAAGUACAACUUUGAUCAUCUUGGUCGCAUCGCUGGACACGUCCAUUUUUUUUAAUUUUUUUAUCACUACUUGAGAAAUUCUCUCAAUACAAAAAAACAAGUCAGUUGAAUCAACCGGCUGUGUAUAGCAUUGCUAGAAGAAGUUAGCAUUUUAAUGUAUAAGAUAUUAACAUGUAAGACAAUGUUAUAGUCAACAUUCUAAAACACAAGCGUAUUCCUAGUUAAACACACAACUAAAGACACACAACUCACAUAAAGAAGUGUUCAGUUCUCACUUGUUUUAGUCAGUUUAGUGAGACCAAUGGGAUUAAAGAUAAGAUAAAACAGUGCAGUCGUGUACACCUUACAAAUAAAGGGUGUGUCCCUUUGGGUAAGAUGAAUAUACUAUACAAUCAAAAAGUGUUCUCACUGUAAAUGUCAUGAAUGUAUCACCUCUGUUUUUUAAACCACCUUUUGUUUAUUUUUUUAUUUAUAUAUUAAAAAGUCACGUGAAUGACAGCA